CAUUUUACAAAAUCUUAUCUUUUCAGCUUUAUAUAUAUAUAUAUAUAAAUCUUUAUCUUGAAAAUAAUUAUUUCAGUUUGAAAUUGCACUUUGAUGCGAUUUAUUAGUAAUAUAUCUAAUUAUCUAAAAUGAGUAGAUUCAUUAUUUUUGCAAUUUCUAUAUUUAGUCUCAUAAAUGUUUUCAUCAGUAGCGUUUAUUCUCAAGAGAAAAGUCUUGCAGAUGAAUUUGAAGACUCAUACUUUGGGAUAUUUAUUUCGCCGAAAGUUUUCCUGGCGAAGAAAAGAGAAAUUGUAAUUUACUGGAAUCAUACAAAUUAUCAGCAAGGAGACAAAAUUGGAUUAUAUAGUGAAAAACCAGGAGAUGAUGUUGAACCUAUUUAUAUUUUUGAAAUUUCUUUUUCAAGUGGAAUUAAAAAAACGAAAAUAGAAGCUGAUUUAAUUCCUUCGAGGGAUUUGAAAUUCGUCAAACAAUGCUUGAAAUAUCACGUCGCUUGGUUGAGAUCUGGAAAAAUCAUAAAAGAAAAUUGUUUGAAAACUGAACCAACUUGGAUGGAAGAUAUGAAAUGUGCUUUGGGAAAUCAAUCUGUAGGAAAUAUUUUUAUUCCAGGAACACAUAAUUCUGCUGCUUAUGAAACAUCGCCUUCAUUAAUUGAAGAUUUUUUCUACAAUAAAUACGUUAUAACUCAGGACGAAGACGUUCUCGGACAAUUAAUAUACGGAGCUCGAUAUUUGGAUAUUCGGGUAUGCUACCGACCAAAUAGGAAAAUUAAAUGGUGGGGUUGUCACGAAUUGGACACUGUUCCAUUGCAGACAAUUAUUAAUGAUGUGAAGAUUUUUCUCAACAAUACCAACGAGAUUGUUAUCUUUGAUGUACAAGAAUUUUCUUCAGAGUUUGCAGAAGAUCCAAGAGCUCAUGAGAAAUUGAUACACUUUUUGAAAAAUGAAUUCAAAGACUAUAUAAUUCCAUAUGUGGGCUGGUAUCAAUCAUUAAAUGCAAUUUGGUCGCAGGAGAAGAAGAAGAACUUAAUAAUUGGUUACGAUGACAGUCGAUAUAUUUUUAAACACUUGUUCCUAUGGCCAAGUGUGACCCAUCAAUGGGGCAACGUUCAAUCUGUCGAUGAUUUAUACAAAUAUUUGCAGAGAAUCGAGGAACAAGCUUUAAGUUUAACGAGAACAAUACCACGAUCGGCCAUGGCACAAAUGACUCCAAAUACUAAGUACAUCUUUAACAAUCUUUUUGGUGGCAUUCGACGUAUGGCAGAAGUUACUAAUCCGAAAAUUACUGGCUGGUACAAUGGAAUGUGGCAACACUCGGCAAAUAUCGUCUCUGUAGAUUUCAUCAAGUACUCCGGAAUCGUUGACGUUGCACUUAAAUGGAAUUCAAAAAGAUUUAAUAAUACAUGUUUACGGUAGCAUUAUAAUUUUUUUUAGAAAAAUAAUUUUCCAUUGAAAUACAAAAUAUAUAUUUAAAAUAUUAAAUAUAUAUUUAAAAUAUGAAAA